AUGCAUCUCCAGGCUGCCCUCACUAUCCUGGCGGCGACAUGCCAUCUCGCCACGGCCGGCCCGGCAGGAGCCGAGAUCAAGGUCGACAAGAGCCUCCGUCUGAUCAAGACGUCGCCCGAGGAUGCCGGCACCUGGAUGACCCAGGACCAGAUUGACGAGCUUGCCGUCGCCUCCUCCCGCACCUCGUUUAUCGAUAUCACCGACAUCGAGGACGAGGGCGUUCUUUCGGUGCUCUCAACCCCCGGGGAGUCCCCGUCGAGCAUCGCCGCGCGCCAGGUUCGGUACCCUACCAGCCUGUCGCACACCGACGAGGCCGACCGUCUCAUCGCAGGCGUCUCCAACGCAAACCCUCAGGCCUGGCUCACCGCCCUGACCAACUUCAACAACCGCCACUACCGGUCAUCCACGGGCACGGAAGCGUCCAACUGGGUCUUCAACACGGCCACCACCCUCGCGAGCGCGAACCCUUCCAUCACCGUCCGUCGCGUUGCCCAUUCCGCUUUCAACCAGCCUUCCGUGAUUGUCCGCAUCCCCGGCCAGACAUCCAGUCUCGUCAUCAUCGGCGCCCACUUGGACUCGACGGCCGGGUCGGCCACCGCCCGGAGCCCGGGUGCUGACGACAACGGCACCGGUACCGUCAAUGCGCUCGAGGCCCUGCGCGUCUUGGCCAGCGCGCGCUUCGCGCCCAAGAACACCCUCGAAUUCCACUUUUACGCCGGCGAGGAGGGUGGCCUGCUUGGGUCGGCCGAUGUCUUUAGGCAGUACCGGUCGCAGGGAGCCUCGGUGCUCGCCUUCCUGAACACCGACAUGUCUGGCUACUCGCCCGGCGGAAAGGUCGUCGUAUAUCAGGACAAUGUCGACGCUGGCCUCACGUCAUACGUCACGCUGAUUGCGCAGCAGCACACGGGCACAAUAAACACGUCGAGGUGCGGCUACGGGUGCUCGGAUCACGCGAGCGCGCGUUCCAACGGUUUCCCAUCCGCCUUCGUGUCGUCUGAACCGUUUGCUUCGUCGAACCCCAACAUUCAUACCUCACGCGAUGCCUACUCUACUAUCAACUGGGCAUCUGUCCUUAGGCAUUCUAAGCUGAACGUUGGCUUCCUCGUGGAGGCUUCAUACCUGUAG